AAUUUAAAACAUCGUCAGCACUAAUUAAUUAGCAUAUCGACUUGACAUAGACUCUCGAACCAUUGAGAUUGAGUUUAAGUAUGUUAAGAUCAGAUGAUGACAAGUUAUUCUGAGUUUUCUGUUUUUUACGCUCUUUGAUAAUCCCGAUUUAAUUAUACGGAGUGAAAUAUUUGAGGUUGUAAUCCUUAUGGCCAUUAAAAUAUUAACAUUAAAUUUUAGGCAAAUAAAAAUAUUUUUGUUGUAUAUAAAUAAGUAAAGAAAAAAAAAGGAUUAUAGUUUUAGGAUGACAGCCAGAAAUAUUUGCCAGUUGGAAUUGUUUUGUUCGUUAAAUAUUCCAGUCUUGGAUCUGUAUCAGAAAUAGGGGCAAUUAUCUCUCAUAAACGUCAAAUAAAAAAAAAAGAAUUUUUUUUUGAUCCUACCGAAGAGGUUUAUGUUCUUAAUUUUUUUUUCCUUCGCAAGAACACGUCUUCAAUUAGCUCGCAGUCUCAGUUUAGUAUUAAAAAUCUGCCCGGGGUGGUUGUCGAAAAUAAUUCUUUCCAGUAGAACAAAGGUCUUAAAUAAGUUGUUGCUUCCGAAGUUUGGCCAUGCACAGAAGUCCUGAAAUGCAGCAAAGAUUUUUGUCUUGGAAUUUCCGAUAUGUGUUUUGCGUUUGGAUCUUUUUUAGUGUUGUUUCCGGUAUCGAAAUGCCUGCUUCUGAUAAACGGACACCACAGAAUUAUCCCGGAAUGUGUCGAAGAGAACCGUUCGAUGUAAACGUUCCAAGAUCUCCAAAUAUUUUCAAAUUUGAAAUAAAAGUGUCCAACUACAUUACGACUUAUCACCCGGGAGAGACUUACGCGGUUACUCUGCAAGGAUAUAGUUCACAAUUUGCUGUACAGAAGUUUAUAGGUUUUAUGCUAAUAGUUGAACCUAAAGAAAUAAGAAAUGACAUUGCUGCACGUCCGGAUGUUGGUGCAUUUCAAUUAUUCGGGGAUGCAAUGUGUAAAUAUUCCGAAGAAUGUCCAAAUGCUAUCGUCCAUGCCUCCCUAAUACCCAAACAAGAUAUACAAGUCAUGUGGAGAGCGCCACCUGCUGGAACAGGUUGCGUUGUUUUUAAAGCGACAGUACAAGAAAAUAAAGAACUCUGGUAUAUGGAUGAAGGAGGACUUCUUAGAGAGUUGUGUGAAGAAGAGCAAGAGAAUCAGGAUGAGCAGCCUGAAAUAAUUGAAGAUUGCUGUGCCUGCGAUGAAGCGAAAUAUGAACUUACAUUCGAGGGCUUAUGGUCAAGACAUACACACCCUAAAGAUUUUCCAACAAAUGAAUGGUUGACGCAUUUCUCGGAUAUUAUUGGUGCUUCGCACACUGGAGAUUUUCGAAUGUGGGAGUAUGGUGGUGUAGCAUCUGAGGGAGUCAAAGAAGUGGCGGAGCGUGGAAUCACGAAACGACUCGAAUCUGAACUUAAAACUGAGUCGAACAAGAUAAGAACUAUUAUUAAAGCAAGAGGUCUCUGGUAUCCUAAUGCUCAAGGAAAAACAUUCGCCGUCUUCAGAGUGGACAAGUUCCAUCAUCUCAUGUCCCUGCUAACCAUGCUGGGUCCGAGUCCGGACUGGAUUGUGGGGGUCAGCGCAUUGGAACUCUGCCUCAAGAACUGCUCAUGGGUCGCUGAGAAAGUCAUGAACCUGUAUCCUUGGGACGCGGGAACUGACAGCGGGAUGACUUACAUAAGCCAAAAGCUACCCACAGUUCCACAAGAAAAGAUUCGUCGCAUCACUUCAUCAAUGCCAAACAAUCCCCUUUCACCUUUUUAUGAUUCAUCUGGGACUCCAAUGAAACCAGUCGCCAAACUCACUGUCACAAGACAAAGGGUCUAUGACAAGGAUUGUGGAGAUUACGAUCAUCCCAGUACAUCGACCACCUCUUACAGCAACGAAGAUGAAGACGAGCGAAUGGAAUGUAGAGUAACUGAAUGGUCUGAUUUCCAGCCCUGCAGUGUAACUUGUGGACAAGGUGUUAAAAUGAGGUCAAGGCAGUAUUUGAAUAAGCAAAAAGCAGACAUGACCGGAUGUACAGUCCCGCUUGUAGACAAAGAAAUGUGCAAUCCCUCUUGCGUGGGUGACGUAAGCUGUCGUACCACAGAAUGGGGUGAAUGGUCAGAAUGCAGUGUCACGUGUGGCAAAGGUCUUCGAACAAGGAGCAGAAAAUACUUGGACAACAGAGCGAGAAAAACAUGUGCGUUGGAAUUGAUGGAAAAAGAGACAUGCAUGGGCAUGAAACCAGUCUGCGAAGUCGAAGAAAAACAUGUGAUGAGAAAGAACAAAAAAGGUAAAAAACUGGAAGACUCAAAGCAAAAUGAGCAAGCUGUUCUUUCAGAGCCACAAGAUCCUAAAUGCGCAGUGACCCACUGGUCGGAAUGGUCACCAUGCACAGUGACCUGUGGUAAAGGACUGAAAGUACGCACAAGAUUGUACCUGAGUCCUGCAGCCCUCAGUAUGUGUAAUGUUGAACUCAUGCAGAAAGCUCCCUGCACAGCUGACAAACCAGACUGCACCGUCAAUCUGACAGAAGCAAAAAAAAAUUGUAUGCAGCCCAAAGAGGUAGGCCCAUGUAGAGGUUAUUUUCCGCGAUGGUAUUAUGAUGUUGGUAGAACCAUGUGCCUGCAGUUCAUCUAUGGUGGAUGCAGAGGCAAUCGAAAUAAUUUCGAAAGGUACGCAGACUGUAACAGAAUGUGCGAAACCAUGUUAAGAGCUCCAUUGAGUGCUCUUACGCCCUUGUCAACAUCACCAGCUUUGCCCAUGGAUAACAAGGAUCAACCACCCGUCAUAGAUUGCGUUGUCACACCCUGGUCAGAAUGGUCACCAUGUUCCCAUACCUGUGGCAACGGAAGAAAAGAGAGGAGGCGCAUGAUUAAGUUGAACCCAGAAAACGGUGGCAAGCCCUGUCCGUCAAAAUUAGUUCAGAGAAGAAAGUGCAAAGAUAAUUUGCCUUGCUCGGACAGAUUGGGAAGUAAGGAAGCCGUAGACUGUCUACUGAACCCAUGGUCAGAAUGGACACCCUGUUCCAAGUCGUGCGGUCAAGGUGGUACGCAACAGAGGACGAAGACGGUUAAAGUUCCGCCCAAGUACAAUGGAGCGGCAUGCGGUCCUAAGAUUGAAAGGAAGUACUGCACACUACCGCCCUGCCCUAUGCACUAAUUUCACUAGGAAAUGAAAGUUAUGCCAGAAAGAAAAAGAAUGCCCGUAAAUUGACGCAUCAGCCAAUCAGAUUUCUAGGGAUAAUCUGAGCCAGAUGGUGCAUAAAGAAGAACAACAAAGAAAUUUUUGUGAUUCAUGUACAUAACUACAUUAUUAAUUAUGUGUGUCGUAGUUUUACUGUUACCUCCCCUAUCCUUCCCCCUUUACCUGAAAUAUAAUUGGUUUCUUCAUUAAGUAUACAGCGGAUUAAUUUUUGAAAAAAUAGAUCUAAAAAAAUCAUAACACAAAAUAUUAAAAUUCUGCUUUUUCUAUAAACUUUAAGUUUUAAAAAAUAAUCAAUUUCAACAUGGAAAUAUCUAUUUUUAGAAAUAUAUAUUGUAAGAUGAUUGAUUAUUAUGUAUUGAAUCAUUUGUGUUUCAAAUUUUAUGAAAAUGUUGAACCUCAAAUUGCAGUGUAAAAAUUUCGAUAUAUAAACUAAACAAUUCAUUAAUUAAUAAAAUAAAAAACAUAUUUAGAUACGCUACAAAAGCAAUAAUUGAUUACAUGGAUAAAAAAUAGUAUGAUUCAUUUAAAAUUAAAAAUAUUACUACCGAUAACUAUUAUUAAACUUAUUUAAAACCUAUUUUAAUACUUAAGUCUUUAAACUAUCAAUUUACUGUAAUUUACUAAAAAAUAUUCAUUUGUAUAUGGUAGGAUGAAUAAAUUAACUGAUAUAAAGAAUCAAACUCAUAAUCAGUCUAAAAUCGUAAUAACUAAAUAAAGCAUAAUUUACGAUCUCAUUGCAAAAAUUACUAAUCAUUUUUUUUAUUGUUGAUUAAAAUAAAAUCAUGUUUUAUAUUACUAUAAAGCGUUGUUAUAUUUGAAUACAUAUCAAAAAUGGGAAACCACCCAAUAACAUAUCCCUUAUUGUAUUAAGCAUAUCAUAUAAUAGAUAAUGUGUACAAGAUUAUAAUAUAUUAUAAUCCCUGCACUUAACAAAUUUAUUUAGGAUUUUUGACUAAAAAAUGAAGUUAAUCUGACCAAUGCAUUGGAGGUCAUAGUAGUUACAAAUUUUAAAAUUGAUUUAAAUUUGUUUAAUCUAACAUCCGCUGACGACAAAGAUAUGCAAUAAAUUUUUGAAUUGUCAAAUAGUCGCUUGCGGGUCUAACUGCUCAAGCUACUGUUAAUUUUUUUUCCAAAAUACUACACAUUUAAGACAAGAUUAGGUUAGUGUUUAAAAAAUGCUGUUUUUUUUUCUUUAAGAAUGUGUUACUUUUAAGACUUGAAAAAAAUACAAUUAUAUCUUAGCAUUAACUGAUAAGGUAUCGUUCUUCCCAAUUUAUUUAAAAAAUAAAAAGUUUAAAUGUCAAUACUAAAUAUUGCUUUUCAAAUGACACAAAGUAAUAUUAUAUAAGAAGAAUUGAUUAUCCUUUAAACAAAAAUUGGUUGCGUUAAAAGAAUUCCUAGUUCUAAUUUUGAAACUAUGCAGAACUUAUUGAAGCCUUAUUUGUAACGUAUAUUUUAUACUUGCGAAAAAAAUAUCAAAAAUUAAAUGUUAGCAUUCUUGUGAGCAUUCCUCAUUAAAGUAUAUACAAUCUUAUGAUAACAUUGUUAUGAAUAAGUAAAUAUAUAAGCAAUGAAAGUUAUAAUCGCGUGUCAGUAUAAAAUUAAUAUAAUUUAUUUGUUUUAAAUUUGCGCGUAAAACUAAAUCAGUUACAGCAACGUUUAAAUCAUACUAUUAUAUAUUUCAUGUUAAAACAGUCAUUAUCGUACAUGUUUAAUUGGAAUAUGUUUGCUUGAACAUGAAGAAACUUUAUCAUAAUAUUGCGGUAUGUUUUAUUGAAAUAAGUUUAUUAAAACACGUAACAACAUUAUCAUAACAUUACUUCAUUCUUACUUACAAUUCCAUCAUUUAAGCAUGUAACGACAUUAGCAUGCAAUAAUAUUGCUGCAUGUUUAAUUAAAAUAUUGCAUUUAAACAUGUAUCAAUAUUAACACACGAUAAUAUCACUGUAUGCUUUAUUGAAAUACGUUAAUUAAAACAUGUAAGCUGCCUUCUCAAUUGAUAUUGCUGCAUUCUCAGUUGAUGUACGUUCAUUUAAAAAUGCAACAACAUUAGAAUAUGGUAAUAUUGUUGCAUAUUUAAUUAGAAUGCGUUCAUUAAAACAUGUAAAACCGUUAUAAGAUAAUAUUGCUGUGCGCUUAAUUGAAAUUUGUGUUUAAUUAAAAUUUAUUAUCACGUGUUUAAUUUAUCAAAUUUAAGUUAUGUGUAUUAAAUGUUUAAGAAACUACCUAAUUAAUACGAGAAUCAAGACUCAAAAGUCAUUUAAAUCCUUUCGAUAAUUUAUUAAUUUAAUUCAACUCAGAAAAAUAUUUAAUUCAAAAACAGACUACAUCUGUAUCCAAACUGAGUAAACGUAAUUUAUGAUAUUGUUUAAUGACAAGAAAAUAAAGUAAAGAGAAUUAAAUUAUUUGACAUGAAAUGUUUUGAUCUUUUUUUCAAAUUAAUAAAUUGUUGAAGCCAAAUGUCGCCAACCCAACCCUUGAAGUGUAAGUUACAGUAUCUAGUUUUAAUGAUAGAAAUUUUUUAAUACUCUUUAGAAUCUUAGAGUAAUAAACGUGAUGAAAAUAAAUACAACAACAAAUGUCUUCCUGCAAAUUACUGAAAGAUUUAUUUUUAAUUGUUUAAUUAUUUUUGGAAUGUUUAUAACAUUUCUGUCUGGUUGCAUACAUUUAUGUGAAUGAUCUUUUUUAUAAAUAUGUUGCGUUUCUUACAAGGUGAUGUUGUGAAUAUACUGUUCUAUUUGUAUAAAAAUCUAAAACAAUUUUAAUGAAGGAUAUAUAUAAUAUUCCUUGAAACAAACUGCAAAUUUUGCGAAAAAAAAGUGUUGCUUCUUCAAACUUUAAGGUGUUAUGAAUUUAUAGAGUUUAACGAGAGUUUUCAAUGAUUACAGUUUCAAAAUUGUUAUACAUAGUAGUUAAUAUUACAUUAAUGAUUUUUUGAUAACCAGCUUAAACAUUUCUUUAAGCGCACUAAACACACCAUUUGAUUCUUCAAGAAUUUGAAAUGAUUUCAUUUUUGCAUAUAAUAAUACGUUCACAAAAAAUUUUUAUAAUACAUUUAUAAUUACAAACUCUAAUGUUACAUAAUCAUAAAUUGCAUUAUUAGUUAUGCUAUGAAUGUUUUGAAAAAAAUUUAGUUUUAUAAAGUACAAAGGGCUGUAUAAAAUUGGCCCAUUCAAAAUAUAUAAAUAGGCUUAAGCUACAUACAACGUAAUAAAGGCAGCCAAGCAUUGUUAUUGGAAAUAGGUUUAUAAUUUCAAUAUUUUCAUAUUUUGUUGUCAUUAUAAGCAUUUUUGAGCAAUUUCAAUCAUAAAUAUAAACAUUUUUGAACAAUUUGAAUUGCAAAUAUUCUCAAACAAAAAUAUACAUUCGAUUUUCAAAGCGUAUAAGAGAUUUAAAUGGAAAACUAAAGCUUCUUAGUACAAAUAGCAAUUUCAAGGAAAAUUAAUUAUCGAAACUGUUUUUUUUUUUUUAACAAACUAAAAUAAUUUUGAAGAAUCAAAAUAUGUGUCAAAAGUUUAAAGUGCAUUCUUUUUUCCUGUUUCAAUUUUUUUUCCGUAAUAUUUAGGAGAAAUAAUAAAAAUGUUCGCAUUGUUAUUUACAAUAUUUUAUCGAUGUUUUUAAAUAAAUUAAUAAACUUCAAUGCUAAUAGCGUUAUGCGUUUCAUAAUUUCUUUUUCAUUAUUUUUUUAAAACAUUUGAAUUCGCCAAAUAAGUAAAACAAUAUCAGUUAUAAAUUACAUUUUAUAACAUUAGGGAAAAAUAAAAUAUUUUUAGAAGAAGAUUAUGCUUUUUAUUCCAUUUGUCUAUGGAGUGAAAAAUAAUUAAGCUCCAUUGUUUUUUUAAAAUUCCAUUGCAUCAUAAUAUUGUAGUUAAAAUAUAUUUAUACAAUAUGGAGUUUUUAUCUAUGCUGAUAGAUGCUUCAAAUAUUAAUUAUAACAUGUUACAUUUACCAAUAAAAAAUAUUAUUGUAUAGAGUAAAAAAAAUAUGGUAAAUUUUUCUGGUUAACGCUUUAUUGCUAAAGCUUUAUUGGUAAUCAGUUCAUUUUUUGUAUUGGUAUUUUUUUAUUUCAACAAAAUUUCUUUUUUUUAUUUGUUCCUUAAACUGUUUUUGAUGAUAUUUUAUUUAAAUAUAUGUGAAUACCAUAUCCAAAGUUGCAACCAUGUCUUCCUCGGUUUUUCGAUCAAAACUGUUAUUGUUUAUAUGGUAGAAUAAUAAAGUUCUAUCUUAGAUUUUA